AUGAUCCAGACGGACUGCUUGUACUCUGCCGAUGAUCUGUACAUGAUUCGGCAGAGAGAGGACGAACCCUUACGGGAAUACGCAGCGCGCUUCAGUAAUGAGUACUCGAGGUGUCCCGAAACAGACGAUAGGGUAGCCUACGGCGCCUUCAAGAGUGGCCUUCGGUCCUCUCACUUCCGGUACCUAGUGCACAGUAGCAACUGGCGCACAUACGACGAGUUGAUGAAGCAGGCGGCAGUUCAUGCGAAAGCCGAAUACUUCAACUCCAAACCCGGGCCUUCGGCUCGGAAGGAGGAGUCAGCCACCAAAAGUUAUUCGGGGCGAAUUGACAAUUCUUCGGCAGGACACAAACGGAAGGACGACCAUGAUAGUCGUCAGGGAAACUUGAAGAAGGGGCGCGGGAAAUACAGUCGUAACGACCACCGAGCGCCGUUACCGAAUCACGAUCGUGCCCCGGAAGUCUUCACCCUGCUGAACACAACGUACGAAACCGUUCUGAUGAACGAACAUGACCAGAUCCCGAAGCCAACCAACCGAAAGCCCAAUCUGCAAGAUAAUCGGGACACAGGCAAAUUCUGCCGAUACCACCAGCAAAACAGCCACAACACCGAAGACUGCAUCAGUCUGAGGAAAAUUGUCGAGCGUCUGAUUCGGGAGGGAAAGUUGGAUCAGUACCUCGCUAGGCCACCACAGGCACCAGCACCGAACGCGAAUCGGCAGAUCAACAUGAUCAGCACGAUCAGCGGUGGCCCCACUCUGGCGGGACCCUCUAACCGUUCGAUGAAGCAGUAUGUGCGUGCCGCCCACUGCCCUCAGGUCUUCGGCAUAGAAGACGAUCGGUGCCGAAAGGUGCCGAAGGUGGGAUGGGAGCCCAUCACAUUUUGUGAAGAAGAGGAGGGGAUCAUUUACCCCCACGAUGACCCAAUGAUCAUUCGGGCCGAGAUCGCCGACUACGAUGUGGGUCGGGUGCUGAUCGACACCGGUGAACGUAAUUUUUACCAAUGCGUUCAAGGGACUGGGAAUUGCCGAUAG